CGAUAAGAUAAGCAGAGCGCGAAUUAUGUAUGGUUGACAUAGUGUUUCUAUCCAAAUCACGACGCACAACACAUAUUAGAGACCGGCAAUAAAAUGGGAAUUCGACAUCUACAAACGUUUAUGGAAAAGAACUUGCAGAACGGUACAUACAGUGUUCAAAUGGAACGGGAAAUAUGUAAUGCGAAGACGAGUACGGAGAAACCUUUGAUAGUGAUCGAGCUUAUGGCGUUGUUUGGUUUAUUUUGUUCCGAUUCACGUGGCAGCCUGUGUGGUAUGCAGAUCAGACGAGCGGAGCGUACAAUCGACUUGUUUUUCCAGCGCCUGACCGAUACGGGCGCCGAGUUGGUUUUUUUCAUGAAUGGGCAGCUGAAGGUGAGGAAUUAUGAUACUUGGAUCACUCGUCAAAAUAACAAGUACGACCUCAUGAUCGAAAUUCUGGACGCAAUCGAUGCACGUGAGCCAUUGGAGAAGGUAGCGGCAAAGUAUGAACGCAACAUGCCUUCCAACACUAGCCUUAAGUUACGUCGAGUUGCUAAGCAGCACGGUAAGGUAAUCUUUACGACUGAGUUGGAGUGUGAUCAGGCGCUGGCUAUUUACGCGACAAAACAUAACGCACUAGCGGUUAUAACGCAUAAUACGGAUUUUUUAAUCUUCGCGGGAAACUGGCAACUAUGGCAUGCGAAUCGAAUUAAUCCAACUACUUUAGUCGCAGAAGCGUUCAACAGGCAGGCUCUAUUGCAAACGCUUGGUUUGCAAAGGCAACAAAUGGCGAUAUGGGCAACAUUAGCUGGAAAUAAAUUCGUCAAAUAUGACGAAUUGGAACCUUUCCUGAAUGAUCUUGGUCCACAUCAUCAGAAGUUUACGAAACUGGCGGAGUAUGUGCGCAGGUUGCCGAUAACGAAACAGCUGGAUGCGAGCACGGUACAUUCCAUUCUGGAACGGGUGUACAGAAACAGACGUCUACCAACGGAGGCUUUCGAAUGGUUUCAGCAAAGUGUAGCAUUUUAUCAAAUUGAACCUCCGAGCACAGCUACGCAGCUAACAGUUGAAGAUCCGUUUUCUUUUUUGAUCCAGGCAGAACAAAUAUUUGCGUACCGGAUAUUGACCGGAAUGCCAAUCCACAGCGCACUGGCGUUCUUCGACUACCGUUCGACCGAGCUAGGAAAUUAUUUUGCGAUUAUCGAACCAAUCGUUGCACGUUGGGGGGGCGUGCUAUUGUAUCACCAUCGCCAGGAACGUCAACACGUAACGUUAGUUGUAAAGCGAGAUCAUUACGAUUCGUACACUUUCGUUGACGUACCGGUCGUGCUACCGAGUACCCUUAGGCCUCCUAAAGUAGAGAAUUUAAUUUCAAAGGACCCAAAAUUAGUUAAGUCACUGUUGAAGCGCAAGCUGCAGCUGCUGCGUUGGGUUUGUUCGGAUGACUUAAUCGACCAGGAGCAAUUAAAUUUCACCCCUUCAUCACUUUUAUUAACGGUAUUGGUCCUGUACCGACUGCGCCAGUAUGGAGCCAUAAGCAUGUUCGAGGUAAAUCUCCUACUAUUGAUUGCACAUCAGGUUUCGAUGGAUAUGUACGAUCCGGCGGAGGAACCGUACCCCGAACGGUUGGACUCCCGUGCCUUCCGUAUAGGGUUUCUGUUUCAGCAAGUGUACUCUCAUUUCGAACGAGUAGCCAAAACGCUUUGCCUGCCGGAAGAGUAUCUUGUAUCUGCACCGUAUGAUGGAUUACGGUUCCACAAUUAUUACAGCAUGUGGACCAGUGCGCACAUUGAACCACGACACAUGAAAAUAAUCGAGAACUGGCGUUUUAACCAACUGGCAUAAAACGAUUGAUAAUCGUUUCAUUAGCAUCUCGUGAUACAUACAUAUUAUCCAAGCUUAGAUUUAUAUUGAUACCGUUGUGUCUUAUCAUCCUGUGAACCAACGAUAAAAUUGUUAAACAUUUAUGAUACAUAAUACAUACGUAUUUCGGUUAUAAUUUUGCGAUGAACACGUCUCUCUUUCUGAAGAUCUGUUUGGAUGUAAACGACUAAAACGAUAAUUAAUCUCGUGUUUUUCGAACGACACAAAGGCGGAUUUUUUUUUUAUUCGAAAUCCUUAUAGUAAACCAACAGAGUUAAAUAAAUGCCGAACAUAGAUUCGGGUUGA